AUGGUGGAUAUUAUUUUCAGCUCUUCUUUCUUGGGUGAUAUGGGGGAUCAUUCCAAAAAGAAGUCAGGAAUCGCGAUGUGUGUCGGAUGUGGAAGUCAGAUCCAUGACCAGUACAUCCUGAGAGUCUCUCCCGACCUGGAGUGGCAUGCAGCCUGCCUCAAGUGCUCGGAGUGCAGCCAGUACCUGGAUGAGUCCUGCACUUGUUUCGUCCGGGACGGAAAAACUUAUUGCAAAAGAGAUUAUGUAAGGCUGUUUGGAAUAAAAUGCGCAAAAUGCAACCUGGGAUUCAGCAGCAGCGACCUGGUGAUGCGGGCCCGGGAUAACGUGUACCACAUCGAGUGCUUCCGGUGCUCGGUGUGCAGCCGGCAGCUGCUGCCGGGAGACGAGUUCUCUCUGCGGGAAGAGGAGCUGCUGUGCCGGGCGGACCACAGCCUGCUGCUGGAGAGGAGCUCCGCAGGCAGCCCCAUCAGCCCUGGACACGUCCACUCCAACAGAGCGCUUCACCUGGCUGACCCGGUCACGGUGCGACAGGCCCCGCAUCGGAACCACGCACACAAGUCGGAGAAGACGACGCGUGUGCGCACGGUGCUGAACGAGAAGCAGCUGCACACCCUGCGGACCUGCUACAACGCCAACCCGCGGCCGGACGCGCUGAUGAAGGAGCAGCUGGUGGAGAUGACCAGCCUCAGCCCGCGGGUGAUCCGCGUCUGGUUCCAGAACAAGCGCUGCAAGGACAAGAAGAAGACGCUGCUCAUCAAGCAUCUCCAGCAGCAGCACAGUGAUAAGACUAACCUCCAGGGCCUCACGGGGACGCCUCUCGUGGCCGGGAGUCCAAUCCGACAUGAGAGCAACAUGCACGGGAACCAAGUGGAGGUCCAGACCUACCAGCCUCCAUGGAAGGCCCUGAGUGAGUUCGCCUUGCAGAGCGACCUGGACCAGCCAGCCUUCCAACAACUGGUGUCUUUCUCUGAAUCGGGCUCUCUCGGAAACUCCUCGGGCAGCGACGUGACUUCUUUGUCCUCUCAGUUACCGGACACCCCCAACAGUAUGGUACCCAGCCCGGUGGAGACGUGA